AUGACUGAGCUGAGCAAGCUCGAGGAAGACCUUCAGGACCCAGGCAAGGCCCAGGGCCCUGUGGAGGCACAGCUCUUUGGGGCUGAGGCAGGGGAGGCUGCAUCCCCCUCAGCCUCCUCCCCCACAGUCUCCUGCUCCACCCUUGCAGAGGCCUUGCCCCAGGAAGCUCUGAAUGAGAUGGUGGCUAACCUGAUGAAGUUCUUUCUUCUCAAGUAUCUGGCCAAACAGCUGACCUCCCAAGCGGAAAUGCUGAAGAAGGUCCUCAAGGAUAACCAGGAGCACUUCCCGGUAGUCUUCAGUCAAGCCUCAGAGUGCCUACAGGUGGUCAUUGGCGUGGAGGUGAAGGAGUUGCACCCCGGGGAGCACACCUACAUCAUGGUCCCCACCCUGGGCCUCACCUGUGAUGAGAUGCUGAGCAGUGGGCAGAGCCUGCCCAAGGCCAGCCUCCUGGUGCUGGUCCUCAGCCUGAUCAUGCAGAAUGAAGACCUGGCCCCUGAGGAGGCAGUCUUGGGAGCACUCAGCAGGAUGGGGGUGUAUAUUGGGAGUGCACACUGUGUCUUUGGGGAGCCCAGGGAGCUGCUGACCCAAGUGUGGAUGCAAGAGGAAUACCUGGAGCCUUGGUAUUUGGCUGUGGCUGCUGUGCACAAGUCUGGACCGCCCCCCAACCCCGAGUGUGCAGCCUGCUCUCUCCUUGCAGAAGCCUCCCAGCCACAAGUUGAGGGGCAGAGGCUGCCUCCUGGAUUUGAGGCCUCAGCACUGCCAGGAUCCGGAGUGGUCACCAGAUCCAACUCCCUCAUGCUGGCGCCCUGCUCCAGCAGCCUCCAGACACCCCCAGAAUCUCCUGAGUGGCUGCUGCUGAUGCAUUGUGCAGAGAAGGAAGACGUGGUGCAGGUUUGCCCAGACCAGCUCCCCAGUGGCCUGAGCUGUGGCAGCUUCAAGCGCCAGGAGGAGUUUGGCAGUGUGGGCCCCUCGCUUACUGCCUUUGAAGGAGUAGUGCAGGCAGUGAAGACAAGAUGA